GUAGCUUUUAAAAAAGUUAGCCUCUUUAGCUACUCAUUUAGUAAUACACGUUUGCGGGAAACGCUGUAUCGGUAAAAUGGUAGUCAUUUGUUUAAAUAUGCGCGCUUGACAAAUAGGGCUUUGACAUAUACAUGAAAGCAAGUGUGGAUUUUAUACCCAGUCGACUGAAGCGAUAUCCACAAUCUGAAGCAAAACAUAUUUUUAAACAUGACUGUGAAGAUGUGGAAUCUGUUUUCACUGUUAUUGCUUGUGUCAGGCGUACUAACAGCUGAUGUAGAAGAGCUGAAUGAUGCACCUGAAACCAAGACCUUUCACAGUCAGGACACUGAGGAGGAUGAAGUGCCAGUGGGGACAGUUGUGGCAGGGAAGGUGUUCCCCAGGGAAGAUGUUUCCCAGCCUGAUGACACCCAGGCGGAGUCUGACAACAUCCCCGAAGGAGGAUAUAUCCCUCCACUGCCCAGCCCCGAAGAAGAGAAGCCAAACGAGAUUCCUGUGGUAGUCGGGGGCACAGCUGCAGGGGAACCCUGCCUCUUUCCAUUCCUCUUUUUGGGGAAGGAGUACUAUGAGUGCACUACAGAGGGGCGCUCUGACGGCAGGCUCUGGUGUGCCACCACGUACAACUACGACAGUGACAAGAGAUGGGGCUUCUGCGAGACUGAAGAGGAGGGUGAGCAGAGGCGCCAGGCGGAGGAGGCAGAAGAGCUGUAUCAGAAGGCCAUGAAGAUCAUCAAUGGCACCGGCAAAAAGAGCCAGAGGAAGGAGGAGUAUAAGAUGCUGGUGAAAGUGGCAGGCAUGGGCCACACUAAGGCCAUGGAGAAGGUGGCCUACGCCAUGCUGUUCGGUGACAAUCUGGCCCAGAAUGUCCCAAAGGCCCGGGGCAUGUUCGAGAAGCUAGCAGUGGAGGGGUCACCCAAAGCUCAAACGGCCCUUGGAUUCCUCUACGCUGCUGGUUUAGGGGUGAACUCCAACCAGGCAAAGUCAUUGGUGUACUACACUUUUGGGGCCUUGGGCGGAAACCUAGUGGCUCACAUGAUUCUGGGCUACAGGUACUGGGGAGGGAUCGGAGUGCCACAGAGCUGUGAAUCUGCGCUGACACACUACAGACUAGUGGCUAAUCACGUGGCCAAUGACAUCAUGGUGACGGGCGGGAUUGUGGUGCAGAGGGUCAGGCUGCUGGACGAGCAGGAGAACCCUGGGACAGCCAGCGGGAUGCUGGAGGAGGACCUCAUCCAGUACUAUCAGUUCCUGGCUGAAAAGGGCGACGUGCAGGCCCAGGUGGGCCUGGGACAGCUGCACUUGCAUGGGGGACGUGGAGUGGAGCAGAACCACCAGAGGGCCUUCGACUACUUCCAGCAGGCCGCAGACGCUGGGAACACUCACGCCAUGGCCUUUCUGGGGAAGAUGUACUCGGAUGGCAGCGAGGCCGUGCCACAGAACAACGAGACCGCCCUGGAGUACUUUAAGAAGGCCGCUGAGCUGGGUAACCCCAUGGCUCAGAGUGGCCUGGGCAUGGCCUAUCUGUAUGGCAGAGGUGUCCCUGUGGACUAUGAGCUGGCACUGACGUACUACCAGAAGGCUGCAGAGCAGGGCUGGGUGGAUGGACAGCUGCAGUUAGGCACCAUGUACUACAAUGGCUUCGGUGUGAAGCGCGACUACAAGCAGGCGCUGAAGUACUUCAACCUGGCGUCCCAGGCGGGUCACAUCCUGGCCUUCUACAACCUGGCGCAGAUGCAUGCCACCGGCACCGGGGUUAUGCGCUCCUGCCACGCGGCUGUGGAGCUCUUCAAGAACGUGUGUGAACGUGGACGCUGGUCGGAGAGGCUGAUAAGCGCUUACGAGAGCUUCCGAGAAGGCAACAUGGACACCGCCGUGGUGCAGUACCUGAUGCUGGCUGAACAGGGCUAUGAGGCAGCGCAGAGCAACGUGGCCUUCAUCCUGGACCAGACCGGACAUGUGAGGGUCUUCAGUAAGAAUGAGACCUACCCACGAGCCCUGCUACACUGGAACAGAGCUGCUGCCCAAGGGUACACUGUGGCACGGAUAAAGCUGGGGGACUACCACUUCUACGGCUAUGGCACGGACGUGGACUAUGAGACGGCGGUGUUCCACUACAGGCUGGCCUCCGAGCAGCAACACAGCGCGCAGGCCAUGUUCAACCUGGGCUACAUGCACGAGAAGGGCCUGGGCAUCAAACAAGAUAUUCACCUGGCGAAGCGCUUCUAUGACAUGGCAGCUGAGGCUAGUGUGGAUGCCCAGGUGCCCGUCUUCCUGGCCCUGUGUAAGCUGGGCUUCCUCUACACUGUAGAGUACCUGCAGGAGUUCAACCUAACGGGGCUGCUAUCCCAGGUGGACCUGGACCAGCUGCUGGGACCAGAGUGGGACCUCUGCCUCAUGACGGUCCUCGCUCUCCUCCUGGGCACCGUCAUCGCCUACCGCCAGAGACAGCAGCUGGUCAUCCCUCAGCCCCCAGGCCCCGAGGGGCCCCCGGCCCGGCCUGCAGACGCCCAGCCUGCCGAUGCUAACGCCCAACCUGCAGAUGCCCAGCCUGCCAAUGCUAAUGCCCAACCUGGAGACGCCCAACCUGCCGAUGCUAAUGCCCAACCUGCAGAUGCCCAGCCUGCCAAUGCCCAGCGUGAUGACACCCAGCCACCCAACGUCCAGCCUACCGAUGCUAAUGUCCAGCCUACUGACGCUAACGCCCAGCCUACCGAUGCUAACGCCCAGCCUCCCGAUGCUAACACCCAGCCACUCGAUGCCCAGCCUGCAGACGCCCAGCCAGAGCAGCAGUGAGGCUGACUCUAACCCCCUCCACCCUGCGGCCUCUUUAGUGAAGCGGGAGGAACUCUGAAUCCACGUUCAGCCUCAUACGCCCAAAGACCACUCAGCAACCUGGAACUCUUUUGGGGGAAAUGUGGUGUGGGGGGUGAAAAUUUGGGGUUUCUGUUGGCCAACAGAAAACAUUGAGAAACUGAAAUGUGUGUCUCAGGGUUUGACCUUUUGAGCAUUCCUCUUGUCAUGGCCAUAGAAAAGUGGGAGGGACAGUCUAUUUCAUCACCUAUGCUAUAAAUACUCCUCCUGGGAAACUAAUGUUCCUCCUGUUAAAACCGAUUUGCCUUCAUCAUCCUUUGGUGUGUCUCAGGCUCUUGAGUGGAAGUGUAUGAGCAGUGGGGCCUGUGGGUGGGUUUGUACACAGCACAGCGAGGACCCCCGGUCUGGCCAAGGGUGUGCUCCCAACUUUUUUAAAGGAGACCGAAACAUAAUUUGGAUUUUUAAACGUAACAUAUUUUGCCCCACUUCCUCAGGGCCUUUACCAGUGUAUGUUAGUAGAACUCAGGAAAAGGCAUGGUCAUCUUUGGAAAUGCAUUUUAACAAGGGAAGCCUUUACAUCUUAAAGCCAUAUCAUCUCUCGGCUUGAUCAUAGACUUGGCACAUACUGUAUAUGGAAAUCGAACACACAGCUUUUUGUUUUGGCGUUUGCACUAUGUUGUGGUCAUGUCAGGUUGGCUAUAGACUUGGGUUUUGACACAUUAAUUUCUAUGAUGUCAAUGUAUGUGCCAAAUAGACUGCAUGUAUAGUGUGUUGGAUUUUAUAUGAAUGGAGACGGCAUCGUUGGUUGUAAUGAAAUAAAAUGGUACUCUGUUCACAUGGUAGGUACCACUUCUUGCAAAGAGCAAGACCCUUCCACUCCUUGGAUGGGAAAACCUGGAAUCAUCUAGCCUUUUGAUAAGCUUUAUUUAACACCAUUUUCCCUGUGGUUUCUGUACUUUUUAUCUUUGUACUCUUUGUUAUUUGCAGUUCCUUUUGAUGUAACUGCAAAUAACAGUUGUUACAAUGUGAACAAGAUGAAAUUCAGUUGAUAUUUGGAUUUAUUCUGAUGUGUUCUGUUCCCUUUGAGUAUACUCAGUCAGUUUGACGUGAGUUGAUAACAGCAGUUGGUUGUUACAUGUACUACAAUUUACUUUAAAGAUACUUACUUCCCAGGGGUAGACAAAUGUGAUGUAUUCUCAACUGUGAGAAAGCAUGUUUAUUAUUUCAAGCCAAAUAUCUGAUUUUGUUUCCUCAUCCAAAUAAAUGCAAAGCCCUUCAAACAGUAAGUGAGAAUACACUGAAAAAGUUUUUAUAUAAUGACUGGGGAAAACAUUUAUCAUUGGUGCAACAUUCAUACUCUUCCCUACUAUAAACAAAUACUUUCAUUCAUCUCAAUCUCUGGCCUGAGGUCGUGGACAUAUCAUGAUUGCACAAUAUGCAGUUAUGCUUUAGUGCAAUUAUGCUUUUCAGUGUUUCCAUGUCAGUCGACAAAUGGAUUAAUUUAAAUUUGUUCAUAAUGCUUCCAAUAAUUCAGAUUUAUUCAAUGCAGCUGAUAACAUAACAAACUACUGUUUGGACGUAAACAACACUUUACGCAAAAAUAUGCCUUGAAUGUGCAUUCCAUUCCAUUUGAAUGGAAAUGUAAUUAAAACUGCCAUCUAAGUAGAGCUAUAUUUUAACAUUCAGGGGUAAAAUAUAGGAGUAGCUUUGCUGAUUUCAAU